AAAUUUAUUAAAAAGUUCAAAAACUGUGAUAAAUGUAUGAACAUUGACUUCUGUUCUUUAAAUUCGUCAUAAUUGUCAACAAAAUUCCAUAGAUUGAAUGAAAUUAAAGUAUAAAAAAAAUGUCUACACCAUUGUUAUCGAUGAGCCAUCAUAGUAAUUGGUGUCAUUCAGCGGUAGCUGCAACAACAGCAUCGCUCAAUACCGGAAAUGUGUCAUUCAAAGGCCAGACGUCCAGAUUGGAUCAACAUAAUGGAAAUUUUGUCAUGUCAUCUUCGUUUGCUAAAUCCACAUCCAAUAUGUUGUUACCCUCGACUGCAAUAUUCUUCCAAAAAAUCGGAUGUUCGAUGUCAUUGCCUAUCCUGUACUCGGAUAAAUUGACCCCUACAAACGACAAUUUAAAUGAUAAUUCGUCCACUAAUGAGGAUGAUGAUUCCCUAUUGACAAGUUCGCUACCUAAUCUCAAAUUUUUUGAUCAAAAUUUCCAUGAAAUUUCACAACGUUUAGAUUCAAUUGAUUCAUAUAAAGAUAAAAAUGAAUUUGUUGAGUCAGUAAAAAAUAAAACAAACACAGUUGAUAAUGAAAUGAUGGAUCAACAAGAGCAAAAAAAUUCUCGUGUCGAUUCGUUAGAUAUUUAUAAACGACGAAGAUCAUCUACUGAAUUAGAUUUGGCUAUUGUUAAAAAAUGUUUCAAAGGUAAAGAUAAUUCAAUUGUUUCAGAUGAAUCAAAUGAAACGACAAUCGAAGAAGACCUGGCUCGUUUAAAAAUCGAAAUGGCUAAAUCAAGCGAAUACGAUUCAAUGGCUAUAUCAAAGUCUCCUUCAGAUGGUCAAAUAUCGAAUAAACAAGUAAAUCGAAAAAAUAGUUCCAUGAUACCAACUUUGCCUGAUUUGGAAUUAUUGUCAAAACAUCAUGAAAAUGACGACAAUGCUGACCAUCAUCUUCAACAAACAAAUCAUACCUAUGAACAAACAGCUCAGCAAUUAAAUAAAACAGAAGAUAAAAAUACAGAAUCAAUUCAUUCUGUAUCAAAAUCGAAUCGAUCAAAGUCAUUGAGCGUUAAUUAUAAAAAGAAAGAAGUACGGUUUGCUGAUACUCUUGGCCGUGCAUUGGAAAAUGUUUGCUUUUUUGAUAAAGAUUCAAAGUUACCACUUCGUCGCUAUUCCUCAUACACACCUCCUGCAAACAACGAAUGGAAUACUGACAGUUGGCAUGAAACUGAAAGUCAUAUUCAGAAUAAUUCUCGAUUAGCAGCAUCAAGACCGUCGAAGAAACUUGAAUUUGUUGCUAAUAACUUUGUAAAUCCAUCUCUUAGUCCAUUUUUCAAUCAUCGUUUAUCUGAAUGUAAAGUGCUAUUGCAUUCUUUGUCAAUGGCUGAAACAACUGUGUAUGGAAUCGUUUCAGUGAUGAAUAUUCAUUAUGAAAAACGAGUAUCUGUUCGAUAUUCAUUUGAUGAAUGGCAAACGUACAUUGACCGUGAAGCAACGUAUAUGCUUGGCUCGCAUGAUGGCCAUAGAGACAAAUUUUCAUUUGUAAUCCAUGCUAGAAAACAAGAUUUCAAUAUCGAAGAUCCAUCACCAUGCAAUCACUAUCGUUCAACACCGAAAAUGUUAUUCGCCAUUUGUUUAAAAACUGGAGAUGGAAAGGCUUAUUGGGACAAUAAUUACAAUCGAAAUUAUAGAUUGGAUUUAAUUUCUCAAUAAUUAAUUAAUUAAUUGUUAUCAAAGAAAAAAUUUUAAAUAAUAAUAGUUUUUAAUUACAUUUAUUUUCACUUCUUUGAUUUUUUUUUAUAACUAUCAUCUGUGAUCAAUUUUGUGUGUGAAUUAUAUCCUUUAUUUGAUUAUUAUUUUAAAAA